GUUCUAUAUCUUGGGGGAUGUGUCUCCUUGAGUGGGCUCUGUUCCCCCCUACAUUUAACGACUCAAGGAGACACAGGGAAAGAAUUACAAUCUCCAGAUAGGAGCAGAAUUACGAAUCAAACUCGUUAG